AAUAAAACUUUGUACAUACAACUUUAUAUGAGUAUUGAACAGGUUCUCUACUUUUCUCUGCAGGAUCAGUAACGUCUCAUCUAAAUACAAGGACAUCAUCUCCAAAAGUGUUCUGCUGCAUCCAGGAUCUCCUUCUAUCUACCAGUUGGGACCAAAGAAAGAGACCUUUGGAACUCUGACAAAACUGACUGUUGGAGAAUGAAAUGUGAAAAAGAUAAAUGAAACCAUCUUACUUGUGGGAGAAACAGGAUCAGGAAAAUCUUCUCUGAUCAAUGCUCUGGUCAACCACAACAUGGGAGUAAAGUUGGGAGGAUGAAGUCUGCUUUCAGAUCGUAGAUGAGGGGAAGAGAAGUCAGACAAAAAGUCAGACAUCAGAUGUGAUCGUAUACCAGGUUUUUGGUUUUGAAGGUAAAACUCUGCCCUACUCUCUGACCAUCAUCGAUACUCCUGGAUUUGGAGACACCAGAAGAAUCGAGCAUGACAUCCUCGUCACUCAAGGGUUGUUGGACUUGUUUCGAUCAGCUGAUGGAGUUCAUGAAGUUAAUGCAGUGGGUCUGGUGAUGAAGUCCAGUGAAAAUCGACUGAGUGACCGACUGUGGUACAUCUUUGAUUCAGUGAUGUCUCUGUUUGGAAAAGGCAUAGAGAAAAACAUCGUAGCUCUCAUCACACACUCAAAUGGAACAAAUCCUGAAAAUGUUCUUCAGGCUCUUGAAGCUGCAGAGAUCAAAUGUGCCAGAGAUGAGAAGAAUCAGCCUGUUUAUUCGUGUUUGAUAACUGCCUGAACAAACAGAGAACAAAGAAAGACAAGUCAGGGUUAGAGCAUGCAUGUAGAGUAUCAGAUAAAAUUGAGCGAGUUCAUGACCUUCCUGGAAGAAACUGGGCCUCAGAAGAUGAAUACAACAGUUGAAGUGCUGAAUGAACGAGUCAGACUGACAGCCUGCAUCCAAAACCUGCAAGAGAGAAUCGGGUUUAUUGAAGAAAAACAGACAGAAAUCAAACAGACUGAAGAAGCUCUGAAGAAACAUGAAGAGGAGAUGAAGAAGAACAAGAACUUCACUGUGGAAGUUGAUGAGACCUACAAAGAUAAGAAACCUAUCAAAGGUGGGAUGUGGGGGUUAGUGUUUUAUGAUGGAGCUGUCACCUGUAAAGUCUGUGAAGAGAACUGUCACUAUCCUGGAUGUACAACGGCACCGAGUCCUCAACGUUGUGAGAUCCUGAAAGAUGGCCGCUGUACUUCUUGUACUAGGAAGUGUCCUGUAGAAGAUCAUGUGAAAGAAGAGAAGAUAUAUGUGACCAAGACGAGGAGAGUGAAGAAGACUCUGGAAGACAUGAAAAAGAAAUAUGAUGACAAUCUGGCAGAAAGGGAGAAGAAGUCGAGUCUUCUGGAAAAUCUGAAAACAGAAAUGAAUCAGCUGGAAGCAGAUAAAACUCGGUGGCUGGAGGAGGCCUACCAACAUGUUGUCAACCUGGAAAAGAUCACUCUGAAAGCUCAUUCAAUUUCCACCUACGUCCACCUGGACUUCCUGAUUGAGAAGAUGAAGGAGAAAGGAGAUGCAGAGAAGGUCCAGGAGCUGUAGGAGAUGAAAAGACAACAGGAAGAAGUUGUUGAUGUUGUUGGAGCUGAUUCUGAUCUUUCAGGAUAAAAAGCUGCUUUUCCUUCACAGACUUUUCAGGAAAUUAUUCUCUCAGGUUUUCUCUGCUAUUUAUAUUUUUAUUAUCUGUGAUUAUUUCAUUAUUUCAUUGUAAAAUAAAGUUUGAGGCAUAAAGACUCA